AUGGCGCUGAAGGAGUUGCCUAUCCCGAGACAGAAGGAAAGAAAACAGGAGAAAUCCUUUUCAGAAAACAUAUGCAGGAAAUCAGAUGAGAAAGAAAGGGGAAAGCUGAGACUUUACGAGAAACCUAAGGAAGUGUACAGACAACUAGACGAAGCAAAGAAAAACGUGAACUCAGAUGACACAGAUAUAUACAACAUAUUGGAAGAGAUAGGAAUGAAAGAAAGAAUUCAUGUGUUCAGAGAAAACAUGAUCAGAAUUCAGGAUGUAGUUGAACUUUCAGACAAAGAUUUUGAAAAGCUUGGAGUUACAGCAAUUGGACUUCAACUUAGAUUAAAACAAGCUUGUCGAAAUCAUCUUCAAGCCAAAAGUGAAGAAACCUCACCAGUUAUGAAGAAAUUCUUCGAUUUAAAAAAGGAAAGAGUUCGUACACAGAAGUCAAAGAAAAUGAAAAAGUACUUCAAGCCAACUAGAAGAGUGUAUUGUGGGUGGAAGCAUUCUAUUAAUCCAGACUUGUUCAAGGUUGUCACUUUGAGCAAAGGUGGCGGCCAACAAAUUAUUGAUGUUUCAAAAGAUACCACAUAUGAAGAACUUGAAAAGCAAAUUCUUGACCUCUACUUUCCAAAGGGAAGAUCUAUUGCCCAGAACGUGAAGCUGUCAGACUUGAAUCAUUACUUAGCAUCAUUUUCUGGAGAUCCACUACCUUGCUUUCAUAAUGAUGGUGGAUUUACUGUUGGAAAAUUUUUUGACCAUAUUAAGACAUAUCCAGUGAGAGUAUACUUACAUACAUGUGCUUCAAAGAAAGAAGAUGAUGAUGACAAUUAUCUGCCUGAUAUUUCGAAUUCUCCUGGUCCUUCUGAUGUUAGAGAAUGUCAGUCAUUAAGCCAGUCCAGUCAGUUGGAAAACCCACAGUUACUACCAGGCACAUCUGAUGCAGUUUUUACAGAUGAAGGAUCAGACACAGAAUUUGAAAAUGCUGGUACUCCUGUAAUAUUUUUCAGAAAGUCAAGACAGACUUGUUUAACUUCAACUCCUAAACCUGACAAGAAUGGUAACAAACCUUUUUUGAGUGAAGUAUCAAUCUCGAGUGCAGGAAGCCAGGAUUGUAGUGAUGGUCAAGAUUUAGAUGGAGACAUGCAAAUACAGGCAGCUAUAAGAGCUAGUUUAGAAAUUAUGCAACCACAGCAAUUCAUUGACUUCGAUUUAAGAAAGUGGACAAUGAACACACUCAAGUGUGAGGAGGAGGGAAAUGUUAAGCAGUUGGUUGUGGUUCACAGAAGGCACAUUUUGAACUCAGCACUAAGGGCUUUGGACAGGACUUCAUUUAAGUUGGAGGAACCAUUUAAAGUAGAAUUUCCAGGUGAACUGGGAUCCGAUUUUGGAGGACCAAAGAGGGAAUUUUUACGUUGUCUUAUGAAGGAACUGGCUAGUACCAUUCUGGAAGGGGAACCAUAUAACAAGUCGUUUAUACACUCUGUGCCACUGUUAGAAAAAGAGAUGUUUUUCAAGGCUGGAAGAUUGGUGGUAUGGAGUAUUCUCCAUGGGGGGCCAGGUAUUCCAUAUCUAAAUCCAACUGUUUACCAGCUUCUUAUUGAACCCAAAGAUGUUGUGUAUUCAAUAGAUGAUGUCAUAGACCUUGAUGUCAGAAAUAAAAUACAUAAGCUGCAAACUGCAGAUGACGAAGAAUUGUCUCUUUCGAUGGAUUGGUUGGUAGAACAUGGAGUGUAUGGUAUCAUUCCACCAUACACAGAACAUAAGAGAGACACUAUGGUGAGACAGCUAUUGAAGAGUCAUGUUUCUUUAAGAAUCCAUGCAGAAAUUGCACAGUUCAGCCAAGGAUUGAAUAGUUUAGGGUUCUACACACUUAUGAAGAGCAAUUCUGAGGAAAUAAGGGGACUUUUUCUUCACACUUUGUCCAACAGCAUGUUAACCAUGCAGAAACUGAAAGAAAUUAUACAGAUUAACUACAGUGAAGAUGGAUCAAAUGACAAAAAGAGAGAAGAAGAUACAAUGUAUGCUUUUGAACUGUUCCUGCAAGAUUGUUCAGAAGAUACAUCUGAAAUUAAUCUAAACAUGCUCUUGGCAUUUUGGACUGGAGCUGACACAAUCCCUCCACUAGGAUUUCACAAAAAGCUUGAAAUUAAAUUUGUGGAAGACCCUGCCCGUUUGCCAGUUGCACAUACCUGCGAUCUUUUGUUGGAAAUAUCUAGGGGAGAAACCCCUGAGGAAUUUCACAGAAAAAUGGAGUUGGCAAUCACUUGUGGGGGGGAAUUCCAUCUUGCUUAA